CAGGGCCCCGCCCCCUCGAUGCACGGCUGCGGGCCUGGAUCGGCUGCAGCCUCCGCCCCAGCUGUAGGACCCUGGAGUCCAAGGUGGUGGGAGCAGGCGGGGACCGGCGAGCAGCAUGCGGGACUCGGAGGAUGCAGCCAUGCGGCCCACAUUGGCAGCUGAAGUGGAGGAGGAGGUGGGGUCUGAGGAAGAAGAGCUGUGGGAGAAGAUCGAGGGUAUUCGGCACAAGCUGACUCGAGCCCUCAACCCUGCCAAGCUGACCCCAUAUCUACGCCAGUGUCGAGUGAUUGAUGAGCAGGAUGAAGAGGAGGUGCUGAGCACCUACGGUUUCCCAUGCAGGGUAAACCGAACUGGGCGAUUGAUGGAUAUCCUGAGAUGUCGAGGCAGGCGAGGCUAUGAGGCUUUUCUGGAGUCCCUGGAAUUCUACUACCCAGAACACUUCACCCUAUUGACAGGGAGGGAGCCUGCCCAGCGCUGUUCCAUGAUCCUGGAUGAGGAGGGUCCCGAGGGCCUGACCCAGUUCCUGAUGACAGAGGUGAGGCGGCUGCGAGAGCAACGCAAGGCCCAGUUACAGAGGGAGCAGCAUCUGCAGGCCCAGAACCGGGCUCUGGAGGAGGAGCGGGCCACACUGGAACGCAAGCUUGGGGAGCAACUGCAGGCCCAAGAACGGUGUCAGCGACUUCGGGAGGACUGGGAGUCGGGCAGCCUGGAGCUCCUGAGGCUCAAGGAGGAGAACUAUAUGAUAGCCAUGCGCCUGGCACAGCUGAGCGAAGAAAAGAACACCGCUGUCUUGCGCAGCCGAGACCUGCAGCUGGUGGUAGAUCAGCUUCGAUGCAAGGUGAGCCGGCUGGAGGAAGAGUGCUCCAUGCUCCGGAGAGCCAGGAGCCCCACCCCCUCAGCCCUGGAGAUGGAGGAGAAGGAGCCCGAGACACCUGACCUCAUCUCUGAGCUGCAGGCUGAGAACCAGAGACUGACAACUUCCCUUCGAGAGCUUCAAGAAGGCCUAAAGCAGGACCCUGGCUCCGAGCAGAUCCUCUUGGACAUCUUAGAACACGACUGGAAGGAAGCUCAGGACGAUCGGCAGGAGCUCUGUCAGAAGCUCCAUGACGUGCAGGGGGAGCUCCAGUGGGCGGAGCAGCUUCGGGACAAGUACCUACAGGAGAUGGAAGACCUACAGCUCAAGCAUCGGACCUUGCAGAAAGACUGUGGCCUCUACAAGCACCGAAUGGCAACUGUCCUGGUGCAGCUGGAGGAGAUCGAGAAGGAGAGGGACCAGGCCAUCCAGAGCCGAGACCAUAUUCAACUCCAGUAUUCCAAAAGUCUGAUUGAGAAGGACCAGUACCGGAAGCAGGUGCGAGGUCUGGAAGCUGAGCGGGAUGAGCUGCUGACCACAGUCACCCGGCUGGAGGGGGCUAAAGGCUUACUGGAAGCCCAGCUCCAGCGAGCCCAGGGUGGUGCCGGCAUGAAGGCCUGCAACUCUUCCCACUCGCUGUGUUCCAACCUCAGCAGCACGUGGAGUCUGAGUGAGUGCCCCUCUCUGCUGGGGAGUCCAGACGUGGCUGGGGAGACCACUUCCGGGGGAUCUGAGCCCCACACCUUGGAGGAGUCGGUGGAUAGUGAGAAGGAGAUCAACCGCCUCUCCAUCCUCCCCUUCCCCCCCAGCGCCGGCUCCAUCCUCCGGCGGCAGCGAGAGGAGGACCCUGCACCCCCAAAGAGGUCCUUCAGCAGCACGUCUGACAUACCAGGGAGCGUCACUCUCAAGCCGUGGUCUCCUGGGCUUUCAUCUUCCUCGUCCUCUGAUGUCCUGUGGCCCAUAGGGAAGUCAGAUACCAUUAUUGCCCGAGCCUGCGCCUCAGAGAUGCUGAAUAGGUCUCUAGCUACACGGGGGUCCUCAAGGCACAGUCCUCCAGGGGGUCCGGAGCCCCAGGAGAAGGGAGCGGAGAGCACGUCUUUCCUUGGGAAGAACCGCUCUGGGGUAGUGCUCCGCCGAGCACUGUCGGGCCCAGGAACGGACACCACAGUGGAGGUGCAGGAUGGCCACCAGUUUUUAGAGCCGAGAAGAGAUGAUUCAAGCCGGGACGACGCCCAGGCCCAGCUGAGCACCUUGUGUUGGAAUAAGGCUACCACCUUAACCUUCCUCCAGGAUAUGAAAGUCUGCCCAACCUCCAGGGAGGACUUCGACACCACCGGCAAGAAGGGAACGUCAGGGCCCAACUCCUUCUAUGUCCGAGCCAACCAUCCCUUGCCUGAGCAGGCCGACGCCCGGGCUCUGUGCGUAAAAGGUCAAGACAUCCUGCGUGUGGUGGAUCCGGCCUACAAGGGCCGGCCCGAGUGGUACUGUGCUCGAGUUGACCCCCUUACCCUUCGAGACCUGGACAGGGGCACAGUGCCCAACUUCCAGAGGGCCCAGCAGCUCCUAGAAGCCCAGGACAAGUGUCCACACUACAGUCGCUCCAGGAGUCACCGGAGUAAUCUAAAGAAGCGUGCCUUAGAUCAGCUCCGGCUGGUGAAGCCCAGGCUCUCAGCGGGCCUGGGGGAUCCCCAGGAGCAGCUGCUGCUAGACCCUUGCCCAGAGCCUGAUCGGAGCAUCAAGCCUUACAGCUUGGUGCAGCCUCUGCUGGUGUCCUCGGUCCGUCCUGUGGUGCUUUCCCCCGAAUGCCUGGCCCCCCGCUUGAUCCGAAACCUCUUGGACCUGCCCACAUCACGCCAGGAUUUCCACGUGUGCCCAGCAGAGAGCCUCACCGGAGAUGAACCACUGGUCCCCGCGGCUCCGGGAGCCCCCUCGGCCCAGCCUGUUCCUCAGGGCCUGGGCGUGAGGGUGCGCACCAUCCAGGAAUCUAUUGGAAAGAACAAACACUGCCUGCUAGAGUUGAGCCCCCAGAGUGUGAGGGAGCUGGUACACAGCGAGAUCUACCCAAUCGUCAUCCAUGUGGAUGUGACGGAAAAGAAUGUUCGGGAAAUCAGGAGUUUGCUGGGCCGACCAGGCUGGCGAGACUCGGAGCUCCUGAGGCAGUGCCGAGCUGGGGAGCAUUUGCUGUGGGACCUGCCGUGUUCCUGGACACGGGUGGACACGCACGCCUGGGCCCAUGCAGAGGAACUGACCAAGGUGGUUCGGGGUCGUAUCCUGCAGGAGCAGGCCCGGACAGUGUGGGUGGAAUGUGGCAAGAUCUGACAGGCCCUGCCGGUGGAGUCAGGAGCCCAGCUGGUCUGGGGCCUCCUACUUUGGGCCAGGCAGUCCCCCACCCCAACCCCCAGACCUGCCUCUCCUUUCCCUUGACUCCUUCCUUCUCUAAGCACUUUGAAGGCAGGGCAGGCCUCCCCAGCUGCCCAUCUCGGAUGACUGACCUCUGGUUGCAGUGGCUGUUGGGAAGUGGGUAGGAUAGAUGGAUCACCUGCUCUGCUCCUUUUGGGGACAUUCAAUGCCCCAGCUGGGAUCUGAAGGAGUGCGGGUGCUUCAUCUCCAUUCCCUCCCCUUUCUCCUGAGCAGUCUUUCAUCUCCAGGUUCCCCUCCUGUGGAUGGGAGUCAGAGGGAAACCUGGCCUUAGAUUGUUCAGCAAAAUCUCUAAAAUGGGGAUUCUUAACUUGGGGUCCACAGCCCCCCAACCACACGUGAAAACACAUAGAUGGCCUGCCAGGGACCUAUGGAGAGAUUUCAGGGGGUCCUUGAACUUGGAAAAAAUUCUGCCUUUCUUUUCAGUCUUCUAAACUUAGCAUUCCUUUCACUUGUGAAUGUAGUCAGCAAACUGUGAUACUGAGAAAGGGCCCAUAGGCGUCCCCGGAUUUCUUGCCCAAUGAGUCCAGAACAUAAAGAAAGUUGAGAAUGACUGACUUAAAGGGUGCAGGUCUGGCUGUGGCUCUUUCCAUCUGCCCCUUGGUCUGUUGUGCUGGCUCCGGGGAUGCUUUCAUCCCCACGUAUGCAUGUUUGUUUUUUCUCGUGCACAUGGGUUUUCUCCCCUUCAUGCAUAUGUGCUCUCCCUAUUCAUACACCCAGGCUCAUAAGUGCACACGUGUGUAUCCAUGUAUGCACACACAGCAGUACAUACAGACACGUAGUGGUCCCAUUGUUGUGACCUUGUCCACGUUCACACACAUACAAGGACACGUGCACCCAGUGUGCUUCCACACACACAUUCUCACCCACGUGUGCAAGCACAGUAUCACAGCCAUGGAGCUGGAAGCCGUUAUUUUACAGACAAGGAAACCACCCAGGGAAGGGCGGUGACUUUCUGAAGGUCACACAAGUCGUGAGUGCCAGAGGCAGGAUUUGAACCCAGGCUUUCUGGCUCCAAAUCUACAUUGUUACCAUGUUAUAUGUGUCCCACAAUGCAAUGCACUGAUUUGUGCCCACACAUGCCCACACACAUGAACCCACAUGUUCUCGCUGGCGCUCAACACCCACGUGUAUGCACACCACCUGUGGGCUCUCCUUGCUGCUCCUGCUCUUACAUAGCAUGCAUGUGUGCAAACAUACGUGUACAUGGUCUCACCCAUACAUGUAGAAUUUGCCCCUAUUCACAUGGAUCUCCUCGUUCUCCGGUGUGAUCAUAUCUUCAUGCUCUCACAUGCAACUUCCCCCCAACUUUUGCACACGUGUGCGUCUGCACAUACCUCGGUUCCCCUGUGAGACACUGAAUGGAAGCCUCGGAAACUUCCGGGCUUGGCUAGAACUGGAGAUGUUAAUGUGUAUAAAUUAUUAAGAGCCCCUUUUCAUUAGGAAGCCGGUGUACAAAGAAGAAAAUUAA